AUGCUCAACUUCGGCGGCGCUUCUCUCCAGCAGGCUACGGAGGAAAGAAUGGAAAUGAUCUGUGAAAGAUCAAAAGAGAGUGUGUAUUCCUGGAACAAAACUGCAGAGAAAAGUGACUUUGAAGCUGUAGAAGCGCUGAUGUCAAUGAGCUGCAGUUGGAAGUCUGAUUUUAAGAAAUACAUUGAAAACAGACCCGUCACUCCAGUGUCUGAUACGUCAGAGGAAGAGAAUCUGCUUCCUGGUACACCUGAUUUUCAUACCGCAAUCCCAGCAUUUUGUUUGACUCCACCUUACAGUCCCUCUGACUUUGAACCUUCUCAAGUGUCAAAUCUGAUGGCACCAGCGCCACCUACUGGACACUUCAAAUCAUUGUCAGAUACUGCCAAGCCUCACAUUGCUGCUGUACCUUUCAAAGAGGAGAAGAACCCUGUACCUGCCCCCAAACUCCCCAAGGCUCAGGCAACCAGUGUGAUUCGCCAUACAGCUGAUGCCCAGCUGUGUAACCACCGAUCUUGCCCCGUGAAAGCAGCCAGCAUCCUCAACUAUCAGGACAAUUCAUUUCGGAGAAGAACCCACCUAAACCCUGAGGCUGCAAGAAAAAACAUACCUUGUGCCGCUGUGUCACCAAACAGGUCCAAACGUGAGAGAGACACAGAGGCAGAUGUCGAAGAGAAACCAAGCCCCGCUGCACUUUAUGACUUUUCUGUGCCUUCCUCGGAGACUGUCAUCUGCCGACCUCAGCCGGCCCCCGCGUCCCCACAGCAGAAGUCGGUCUUAGUCUCUCCACCCGCAGUGUCCUCAGCGGGAGUACCCCCUAUGCCGGUCAUCUGCCAGAUGGUUCCCCUCCCUGCAAACAACCCCGUCGUGACGACCGUCGUCCCCAGCACGCCCCCCAGUCAGCCGCCAGCUGUCUGCCCACCUGUCGUAUUCAUGGGCACUCAGGUGCCCAAGGGCGCCGUCAUGUUCGUUGUACCCCAGCCCGUGGUUCAGAACCCAAAGCCUCCGGUGGUGAGCCCAAAUGGCACCAGACUCUCCCCCAUUGCCCCUGCUCCUGGGUUCUCCCCUUCCUCAGCGAAAGUCACUCCUCAGAUUGACUCAUCCAGGAUAAGAAGUCACAUCUGUAGCCACCCAGGGUGCGGCAAGACCUACUUUAAAAGUUCUCAUCUGAAGGCCCACAUGAGAACGCAUACAGGAGAAAAACCUUUUAGCUGUAGCUGGAAAGGUUGUGAAAGGAGGUUUGCCCGUUCAGAUGAACUGUCCAGACACCGACGAACCCACACAGGUGAGAAGAAGUUCGCCUGUCCCAUGUGUGACCGGCGGUUCAUGAGGAGCGACCAUUUGACCAAACACGCCCGUCGCCACCUGUCAGCCAAGAAGCUACCAAACUGGCAGAUGGAAGUGAGCAAGUUAAAUGACAUUACCCUACCUCCAACCCCAGCUCCCACGCAGUAA